AUGGAAAAAGUGACACACAAACGUACACACUCACAAACGCGUUACAAAAUACGCAAAGCCGAAUCGGUGCAGGAGACCCCAUUGGGUGCAGCAGCAACGCCAACCAACAAACGUGCCGCCAGCAAGAAACGUUUCUCUAUGCGCAAAUCACGUUCACUUGACGCGGAAGCAUACACGCUGGCCUGCGUACAAUCGCCGCUCUGGGCGACAUUAACGAAUGCCCGUACAAUCAAUGAAAUCUUACAGGACGACUACUAAGCGAAACGAGGAGGCAGCGCGGGUAGCGGGCGCUCAAUACAAAAAAAAGCAACCAAACUGUGCAAAUAGCACAAAAAAAGUAAAAAAAUGGUGGCAAAAGUUUUGCCUGUCAGCCGUGAAUAAGCAAAUAUCCAGCUAAAGUCAAUAGCCGUAAAAAAGCGCGCCCCAUAUUUGGCAUACACCUCCCUCUCCUCACAACGUAAACCUUUCAAAUCGAGAAGGAACUUACAAUUAAUUUUAAGAUAAGAAAAAAGAAGACCCCCCUCCACUCCCAGAGUGUGUGUUGGGUGAUGUAAGAAAUCUAUAAUUCAGCAAAAAUAUUGCGCGCCCAAGAAGGCGAAAGCAGACUUAUUAAAAAUUUAUUGUUUUCUGUGUUGAUAUUAAAUAAAUUGUAUAUCGCAUAUUGAUCAAGUUGCAAUGUAUUGAUAAUACAAAAAAUCUGAAUAACAUAGUGUAAUAGUAAUUUAAGAACAAAUGUACUUAAGAAUUUACUAACUAAAUUUGUACUAUAUCAUUUGCAAAAUGUUAAUGUUAAUUUAAUUUUUUGAACAAGUGGAACAUGAAAAAAAAUUUGAGUGAAAAAAAAUUAAUUAAA